AUGUGGUUGGUUAACUUUAUCGAUUUUGAGUAUUGUGGAUUCAAUCAUGCAGCAUUUGAUAUUGGCAAUCAUUUCUGUGAAUUUGCUGGCAUAAGUGUUGUAAAUUUUGACAAAUAUCCAAGUAAAGAAUAUCAACGAAUGUGGAUUAGUACAUACCUGUCAGCUAGAGAUUAUUAUACAAAGAAAUUCAACAGGUCAGGAUAUCAACACCAUCAUCUACAACCAUCAGUCCGUGAACUGAAUCAAAAUGGCUAUCCUUCACUAUCCUGCUUCAAAUCGUCUUUUUCAUGUCCAUCAAAUAAUAUCGUCAAUUUAUCAUUAAAAGAUGGUCAACAUGAAAAUACGAGUACAGUGGAUAAAUGGUUGACUGAAGCGAAUCACUUCGCUAUGGCAGCUCAUUUAUUCUGGGGUGUUUGGGCAGUUGUAUUGUCAAUUCAAGAACAGGACAAAUUCGACUACUUAUCAUACGGUAUCGCUCGUGUCAAUCAAUACUUUGCUAUGAAAAAGUUGAUAUGUACCUAUGAGAAUCAUAAAUCCUCUAAUCAUAUGUAAUAUUUGAACACCUUGAAAUCGGUAUAAUUUCCCUUGCUUUAAAUCUGUUGAUAAUAUAUAUAUAUAUACGUAUAAAUGCAUGCAUGCAUGGGUUGUGAGAGGGCAUUAUU